AGUCGUGUUUUGCCCGCAGUAUACUGCAUACGUGAUUGUCGCGCGCGCCCCUCAUGUUACACGAGACUGUUCCGCGAACAAUAACUUCGUAACGCCGAGUGAUGUGCGCAAACGCACGAUUUGAUAAUUCUUUCGUUGGUCGUUACUUGUGACAGAGCAAAUGUCUCCCAGUCUAGAAGGGAUCAUGUUCAACAGGAACGCAAACCUGUCCGCGCGCCGCCCUUUGUUGGCGGAACCGCAAAAGCCUCUAAUGGUACCGCCGCGUGCGCCUCCCCGCGACACUAGCAUUCAACGACCCGUACCAGCCCCCAGGAACAUACCUCCGGAUUAUCCAUACGAAUACCGACCAGAUUACUUUAAGCCGUCGAAUAUCGAACUCGAGAAACGACUGCAGGAGGCACGGGCCCGUGAGAAAGUUGGCUACUUUCAAGACAAAGUAGCGCCGCCGGAGCUGAGCUUGGACCGGAGAGAAGCUGAACUAGUUUUUAGGUUCGAUCCUCAUGCUUCGUCUGAGUAUUUGUCGAAUCAGUACCGUGCUCCUGUCGUACAUUAUGCGAAACCACCGACGCCGGCCAAUGGAGUAUCAAACCGUCUCCAAGAGCGAGACGGACCAUUUGUGUUCGGCGUUCACAGUCCUAGCCAAUUCCCAAAGCGAAGAGAUGAAGACGAUUACGAUUACUCGGAGGUUACUACAGAAGAAACUAUUAGAACUGCGAUUCGAGACGAUGUGUCUGAAGACUUAAAUUGUUGUGAUAGAGUGAACGAGUGGACAAUACGCGACAAGAAAACGAGGAGAACUUUGAAUAGGAUGUUCCAAAUAAAAGAUAGAAGAAAGGUGAAAGGUGGCAAGAAAGAUAAGAUAAAGUGUGUGUUGGUGGGUGACGGGGCAGUGGGUAAAAGCUCAUUGAUCGCAGCAUAUGCUCAGGACACCUUCCGAGAGGAAUAUGUGCCCACAGCAUACGACACAUUCAAUGUUGCUGUCGAUGUCGAUGACCGCCCCGUUCGUGUAGAAAUCUGUGAUACUGCUGGACAGGAUUCGAUGUCCGAGCUUCGUGAGCUAUGCUACCCAGGCACGGACGUCCUGCUCCUGUGUUUCUCCGUGGUGCGACCGGAGACGUUCCGUUCUGUAGCUGAGAGGUGGACACGCGCUGUGGCGGGUGUGAACGCACCCCUCGUGCUCGUCGGCACACAGUCAGACCUCGCCCGGGAUACACGCGUGCUGCAGGCGUUGCGAGCACGUGGUGAACACCCGGUGACGGAGAUGGAGGCUAAGGCAUUAGCUGCCAAGAUUAACGCAGUCUACGUGGAGACAUCGGCUAAGACUAGAUGCCAACUGAAAGACGCCUUCGAUGCCGCCAUUUUGGCCGGCCUGCCUGUCAUACAGGGCAAGAAACCUUUUUGGAAAAAACUGUUUUGCAUAAAUUAAAAUAAUAUUUUUUUUCAAAACAGAAUUUCGAUAUUUUCUUCUAUUUUGUACUGAUAUUUACUUAAAGUGAGAGUACCUAAUUAAUAGGUAUAAUACCCUACCUUAUUCUCUAUACUUAUUAUUUCAUUAAAAAGGGUUUCUUUUUAAAUAAUACCUAUGUGCCUUAUGUACCUAUUUGUGAUUGAGAUUAUACUGAAGUUUAAAUAUGAAAUUAUAGUUUCAUAAGAUAACGUUGAUUAUCUCUUAUUUUAUGAUGGUAUUCACACAAAUUCUAAUAGAAUUUGAAGUAUGAAUAACGCAACUACAUACUUAUUUUUGCUUUGUUUGUGGUUGAUAAUAGACAGCUUAUUGGAUUUUUUAUUUAGUGGUGAACUUUUUUAACUCUGUCUAAAUAGAUCAAUUAAAAAUUGUAAAAAUACAGAGCAAGUAUUACAUAAAAAUCUACAAAAUUUUUAUUGUUGUAUUCUAAUGUACCUAUCUAAUAAAAUAAUGAUAUUAUGACUAUGCCUUAAAAGACAAGAUUGUACAGUAGAAUUUAAUUUCCUAUUAUAAACAUACUAUUAUUGUCUGUAUAGCUAGUUGUUUUACUGUGUGUAUAUAAGUAAUAUCGAUAAUGUUAAAAGUUGUUUGAUACUCAACUGAACUGAUAAUUAUAUUUUAUUACAAUUC